CCUACACAAACACGGACUGAAAGAUUCAGAAAAUCUUUAUUUAUUUUCACGAUCGGAUUAAUAUGUGGUGUAGUUUUAUUUCAUACGUACUUAAAACAAUAUGGGUGCCUACUGAAUUUAGCAUCGGCUGGUAUUCCAAUGACACCGACAAUAUUUGCUGGCAUCAUAAGGAAUGAAAAUGAUGCAAAUGAGACAAUGGGAUUACAAAGGAUGCUGCAGUACGACAAGGUGUACGUUACUGGCCUUGUCUGCGAGAAGCAAGGUGGAGAUGUAAAAUCUUCUGUCGUCCAUCUAGGAUGCCUUCAGCAGCUGUAUCAGCAUCAGAAUAUGUAUGAAUGGUUCGUGUUGACAGCUGAUGUCGUCAAUCUCCACGUUCUGCCGACACUGUUGUUGUCUCUUCCUCAUCACGUCCCGGUAUCUCUCGUCUACCCAGAAUGCCCUAGCCUGUCUUACCUACCUGGCCUGCCCCACUUGCUCAUAUUGAACCAGGCAACACUUCACCUGCUACUGAGAGAAAGUACCAGGAGCGCCAACUCUACAAUAUGUACGUUGAUGCAAGACACAAUCAACUUGCCAUUGGAAAAGGUUACGGCCAUGUAUGAAAGGACGAGUCAUGGAGAUACAACGAACGUUUUUCAUAUGAAAACAUCCAUGCCGAAAGACAACUUUUAUACUGCAUUGAUAAGACAAAACGAAGCGAGGCUCCGGCAGCUUCAGAUUCGGACUGUUCACCUGACACAAUCCAUCAGCUAUAUUGACAUAACACAGUUGUCAGAACAGCCUUUGUCACCCGUCAUUACAAGACGUGUACGGGAGGGCAGAUACGCACUGAAGGAAUGGGAUUUUAUAAAUGCAUCCGUAGUUCAUGCCCUCUCCAACAGCAAUGCUCAACCCACAGAAACCAUCUACAACAGAGGAAGAGAACUCAUUCUGAACAAAUCGCUUAAUAUUGGCAUGAACGUCAUUUCCAGUACUCGACCUGCCUACACCUAUCAAAGAGUAGUUGUUGGGAGAGCAGUAGAACAUAUUAUGGUCAAUAAACACACAAAAAGCUCCAUUCUACCAAACUACAAAACAAUUCAACGUUUCGAUACACUCAGAUUCCAAGAAAUAAAGACACAGAGGGAUCUGGAUCUGGUUAUAGUCCUUCCCUUGUUAAAAAGGUCUGCUGAUUUCAUCCGUUUUAUCAAACGGUUAAGAUCAGUAGCUUUGGAUUUCAAAGGGUCUCUUAUGCUAAAUGUCGUGUUAUUCAGAGAUCAAAAAGGGGAAUACAAGAGGUCCUUCAACGCUGCAAAUCAAACGUCUGACGGCCUUGUCGUUAAGGUUGUCAAAGCAAGGGGGAAAUUUACCCGCUCUGGAGGAAUAGCUCAAGGAAUAGCUGAACUCGAAGAAGAAACACGCGUGCUCAUCAUGGAUGUUGAUGUGAUGUUUACUAUUAACUUUCUGAAUCGAGUUGUAAGGAACACGAGACAAGGCAAGUCAGCUUUCUUCCCCAUCUAUUUCAGCAGGUAUGACCUUCGAUCAAUUCAAGCCAGAGAAGGUGAAUCAACCAAACGCUUUCUGUUCGGUGAGAGCUACGGGAUGUGGCGAUACUUCAGUUACGGUGUCGUUGGAAUAUAUAAAAGUGAUAUAUUAGAUGUUGGAAACUUUGACAGGUCGCUGCAGGGCUGGGGGAUGGAAGAUGUGAAGUUUUAUGAUCAAUGCCUGUCUUGGAAGUUGCCAGUGUUUAGGACAGUGGACCCAGGUUUGUGGCACAUGUACCAUCCAAGACACUGCGACCCCCAUCUGCGACUAGAACAGCUCGAGAUGUGCUUCAAGUCCAGGCUAGAGUUACAAAGGUCGCAACGCGCACUUGCCAUGAUUGUCUUCAAUCUCACCAGAUCAAAUCUGAUGCGCUAAGCAGCUCGCCGCCUUGCACAAUGUAUGUCAUAUAUAGACUAGUGUUCAUCCGUGUAUUAGAGAAUAGUCAUGGCUGGUAAUUUCACCCGCUGACAGUGCGAAUAUUUUCCUCAAAACGUUCACAAACACAAUAUUUUCGACAUGGUAUGAUAAGUUGUUUUGAUGCAUGCUUCAAUUAUUAAUUUUCGAAAAUAUCAAUUGCGAUUUUGCAUUCAUUAAAAGCUCUAAAAAUAUAGUUUCUAAAUACCUUUUUCAUAUAUAAGAAGAAACGAGUCUCCGAUUCAAGCUGGUGUAUUGAAAGAUAAUGCCAUCUUCCCGAGGCAAGUGAGUUAACUGACUAUAAAAGUCCAGUUUCCAACCUUGCCGAACUAGGCUGGUAUUAUGGAGUUACAU